AUGAAACUGAAUAACUGAAAACACUGUUCAAGAUCUCGUGAAAUAUUACAAGACAAGUGUGUCUUGCUAAAUUAUCAUAUUUGAUCUAAGUAUUUGAUCUAUGAGUGAACUAAAAGAAUGCAAAGGACACGAAUGAGAAGGGAGCGAGAGGCGGGGGAGACGGAGGUCGUCGUGUGUAUACUACUAUACUUUGGCAGCUGUCUGUGUGAUGUGAUGGCGUGAAUAGUUUUUCGUUUACAAUUUGUAUUUAUUUCAUUAUCAGUAAAAUUACACUCGGUAGUUAAUUAUGUGAAUAAAACAUACAAAUUGAAAACUGACGGGGCUAUAGUGCAAGUGUACAAUGCUAAGGCAAAACCUACACACAGAGACUGGAAGAGAAAGUGUCUCAAAUAGUAAAUAACGGGUCGAUAGAAAUAUGUCUGUCUCUGAUUUAUCUGUUGGAUGUCGAUUUGCCGAUUACUUUGCUAUAUGUGGCCUCGACUUUGACUCUGGAUUGGAGCCCGAUAGACUAUGCGGUGACAAUUUACAUGUUUCUCCUUUGGACCGUGCCUACAAAGGAAAAAUUCUAGCUCAUUACCCCGACAAUAUAUCAAGCAACCCAUUUGAUGAACAUGCAGUGUGUAUGCUUUGUCUGCCAGCUGGCCUUCAGUUUAGAACACAGAAACAUUCAUUAGAACCCAAGUUUCAUAGUUUUGUUGUGACAAGAGAAAAUGCAUCCAGAUAUUAUGGAUUCAGUCUUAUAUUUUAUGAAGAAGUUAGGAACAGGAAUAUCUGCAGUGCCAUGCAUACAUUACAGGCAAUGUAUAUCACAGAACUGUCUAGUGGCCAGACCCCUCCUGGUCACCGGAAAUCCUCAGGGAAAGAAAGUUCUAGAUCACUUCCUCGAUCAUUCAAACUCACUCCCCAUACAGGUGCUGCACUGACAUAUUACGAUAUAGCCAAAGAUAAACUGUAUGUAGCCAAAAGUAUAGCUCUUAUAUGUCAGUAUCCAUAUGUGAGAGUUGCACAGUUGUUUUUAGAAAAUUUAUUCAGAUCUCUUCCAAGACAGCCCGGUCCUGGAUUAAGUCCUGAGUCUUAUGUAUACAAUUUACUGUAUGAAGUCCCUGUACCACUGCCUGGUCAAGCUUUACGACUCUAUGUGCCUCCUUCGGAACCACACUUGGAUCCAAUACCUGUUGUGAUAAGAAUGCCAAAUCUACCUGAUGAGUUACCUCUUUUGGAUUAUUCACUCCGGGUCAUGUUUUCAACCCUCGGGGUUGAAUGUGUUGUGCAGCUAUUUACAUGUGUUCUCUUGGAACACCAAGUUUUACUGAGGUCUAGUGAUUACAACAAACUGAUGCUAGUGGCUGAAUGCAUAGUGUCUCUGCUGCUCCCAUUCACGUGGGCUCACGUCUACGUGCCGAUCCUGCCGGCGCCCCUGUACCACUUCCUCGACGCGCCAGUGCCAUUUGUCAUGGGUCUUCAUGCGGACAGUGGAGCUAUGAACAUGGGACCAAAUGGUCCUCGAAGCAUCGCACUUGGUUCUGAAGCAGCUUUAUGUUUAGUUGAUAUUGACAAACCAGAUAUACAACUCCCUGAAGAAUUACCGAUAUUCCCCCAUAGGACACCAUUCAUUGAAGAAUUGAAUCAUGUAUUGGAUAAACAUCAGGUACAAAGACCUGAAACAGAGCCCACCAAACUCGGAGUUCCUUUGAAUGGUACAUCAUACAAGCAUGUCAAUGACAGCAUGAGUAGCAGUUGUACUUUACCUUCAGGUGGCCUCCGAAGGAAGCAUUCAUUCCAUGACGUGUUGGAGUGGGAGGAGAGCCGGCCGCUGAACGCGUCGCCGCCCGCCUCGCCGACACGCCGCGCGCCGCUGCGACUCGAUGCCCUGCAGCGGAUUGUGGAUAUCGUCAAACGUAGCGGUGUGAACAUAGACGAUGUAGACGCGGAAACAGUGAUGCCAACAACGAAAAAGAAAAUAUUGAACGACGAGGAUCAAUACAACGAAGAUAUGAGGUUCAAUGCUGCCAUCAGAGAAACGUUCCUGAAUAGAUUUGUUCAUAUCUUCCUUAUGUAUGAGAAUUUCGUCAUCAUGCCCGAUCAGGACCGUGACUCAUGGCUAUCAAACCGGGAGUCGAUGGUGAAUUUCGAUAAAUCGUCGUUCUUAUCAGAUCAACCACAACGCCACCGGGAGUUCCUCUCGCGUUUCCUUGAAACACAAAUGUUUGCCACACUGAUCGACAACAAGAUAAUGGCAAAUUGGGGUGAAUAUGAUGCCAAUUUACAAGUGUUCGAACACAGAAUUAAAGCUGUCAGGCGGCGCAUCGGCGAGGGCGGGCUGACGCGCGGCUACAGCGUGUGGGCGGGCGCGGGCGCGGCGGCGGCGGGCGUGGAGCUGGAGGUGGGCGCGCCGGGCGAGCGCCUGCCGCACCGCGCCGCCUACUACCGCGCCUUCCCCGCGCGCCUGGACGCCGCCGCGCUGGCGCGCCCGCCCGCGCCCGACGCCAGAACAAAUAGUUUAAAAAGGAUAAAAAAUGCUAAAUGGCAAGUGAAAGAUUGUCCACCAGAGCUUUUGUUGGGCGAUAUUAGUCGAAGGCUGUCAACCGAAGUUACGCCAGCGGCCAUCGCUCAGAACAAUAGAACGUUCGUUGAGAAACUUCUCAAGGAGUGUAAAAGCAAAACUAAAAGAAUGUUGCUAGAGAAAAUGGGUACGGAAGAGUCGGAUUUAGGAUUGGGGUCCGAAGUAUCUAUAACGGGUGUCGAAGAGAGUACUAUGAUCGCGUCACUAUGCGACCUCCUAGAAAGGCUCUGGUCCCAUGGCCUGCAGCAUAAAAUGGGCAAGUCUGCUCUUUGGAUGCACCUUACCAACUACCAAGAGUUGGAACAGUGCAGCAACUCUACUAAGCCUAUCGAUCCUAAUUAUCUCACACCAGAUCUGUCUUCUGUGGGAGCCGAAGUAGAAGCACACCAGAGCACCAGUUCGGGAAAUCGCUCCCGGGAUAGUUCCCGCGCCGGAUCCCGGGAUAGCUCGCGAGAUCGUCUCAGUAAUUCCGGGACACUGGAAAGAAAAUCAUCUCAACUUCCCAAUCCUUUGAGACCAUUGCCGGAAAGUUUGACUUUUGAUAUGAGAAACGUACAAGCAAUGACUGACAUCAAAACUGAAAUUGGUUAUGCUCGCGCUUGGGUACGUCUAUCUUUAGAAAAGAAGUUGUUAUCGAAGCAUUUACGUGAACUUCUAGCUGAUACGACGCUCUUACGUUCACAAUACAAGAGGACAGCGUUCCUUCGCUCUGAGGAGGAACGCGAACAGUUUCUUUAUCAUCUACUGACCUUGAAUGCUGUCGAUUACUGCUGUUUUACUAACACAUAUCCUACUACAAAACUGCCGUAUCGUGUUUACAUUGUACCAUCGCGGAAAGCCAGUCAGACUACGGCUAAUUGCUGGAUAUCGAUUUCUGGCGCAAAUGGCGAAUCCACGCCGAAAAUUCCAAUACCACGAAACACAAAUGAGUUCGUCUUCCACCAUAAAAAUCUGGGAAUUCUGUCGACACUGCGCAUUGGACAUGACAACUCUGGACUGUCACCACGUUGGUUACUUGAUCAAGUCUUCGUAAGGAAUGAAGUAACGGGACACACCUACACGUUCCCAUGUAACCGCUGGCUGGGCACGGGCGUAGACGACGGCUCUACGGAGCGUCUCCUCGUAGCAGCGCGCGUAGCCCGCGGGGCCACGCCCCGCACGCCGGCCGCGCCGCCCCCCGCCACGCCCACUACUACGCAUCUGUCAACCUCUACGAUACAGCACAUGAUCGGUGACUGCGUUAACGCUAUUGUGAAGUGGCACUACCAGUCGAAGCGAGACAAAGACGCUAAUUCUCUCAGCGUACUGCUUUGUGGCGAGAAUGGUCUUGUGAAAUGUUUAGAACAAGCAUUCUUAUGUGGAUUCAAAUCGGUGCGGUUGUUUGGAAAGAAUCUAUUCAUUUGGGAUUAUUUUGCUAAAGUAAAAGACGAAUUCAAAAUGAGCCUUUGCGACGAGCCAACAAGCCAGAACAACAAGAGCUGCGGCAUGGCAUACAACUGUAGACAAGAUCAGGAGCACAGGGCCAUAUGGCGAUGCUACUGCCAUCUCAUGGACGAAAUUAAUAGUGUGGGCCGCACUUUGGGCAAGGAUGGCAAAUUCCAACUCUUCAUAUGUCUUAGUUUGCGCGAACAUUGGCUCCACCGAAUGUUAGUCCCAAUGUCAAUGACGCGCGUCACCGUGGAGAUGUAUGAAGAACAAAGUUUCUUGCGCAAAAGAGGUUUGCUCACAUUCCUCAGACAAAUACUCGAGCCUCUGGAUGAAUUUGAUAUUGUACUCGAGAAUUCCCUCACUCAAGGCAUUUAAAUUUUAUCAUUUCAAUGUGUUUCUACCAGUUUAUAUUUUAAUGAACCAGCUAUGUAAACUUCUUAUGUCUAUUGAAUUGUAAAAGAGAAUACUCAGUUAUGUUUAUUUGAUAUUAGCAAUCAGGGUCUGAUUAUUUUGUAGUUUUAUUGUUAAGUUUUAAA